AUGGAACUAGCAAAGGCUUUGGAGUCAAGCGGCAAAAUUUUCAUUUGGGUUCUUAGGCCACCGAUCGGAUUCGAUGUUAAUGAGGAGUUUAGAAUUGAAGAGUGGCUACCGGACGGAUUUGAAGAACGAAUGAGAGAGAGCAAUCGAGGGCUACUAAUCCGCAGAUGGGCGCCUCAAUUGGAAAUUCUGUCACAUAAUUCUACUUGUGCAUUUCUUAGCCAUUGUGGUUGGAAUUCAGUGCUGGAAAGUUUGAGGCAGGGAGUGCCGAUAAUAGGUUGGCCAUUGGCUGCAGAGCAAUUCUUUAACUCAAAACUGUUGGAGGAGAUGGAGGUGUGCGUUGAAGUUGCAAGAGCGAAUAGCUGCGAGGUCGGACACGAGCAGAUUGCGAGCGUGAUCGAAUUGGUGAUGGGUGGGACUGAGAAAGGAGAGAAGAUAAGAAGGAAAGUUUGCGCAGUGAAGGAGAUGAUAGAGGACGCUGUCAAUGAUGGUGAAAGUUACAAGGGCUCUUCUGUCAAGGCCAUGGACGGAUUUUUUGAUUUCUGUAGGAGGAAGAUUGAGUGA